AUGUCGUCCACUGGACUUUUCGCUUCGGCCCUUGCUGAGCAUGCAAAUGGCUCCGCUACUGCACCGGCUGCGCCUGCAGCACCGCCGUCUGUUGUAGAGUCUAUGCUCGCGCAGAUCCUCGAGUCAGUGCAGAGACAGAGCCAUGAACUCGCAGAGCUCAGACAAGAAUGCACAGAACUCAGAAUGACCAACCACAGUCUUGAAAGACAAGUCCGUGAAGGAAUCCAGGGGUAUUCCAACGGACAUAGAACUGGCACGCCUGGCUUCAUGACGCCCGCCAUCCCAGGCAGCCCCCAACUUCGCGCCAAAUCACCCUUCCUCUCUACGCCCACCCAAAUCAUUCCGACGCUGACCACCACCCAUCACGCGUCCCCAUUGGGCGAUAAUUCACUCGUAGUACACCCGCAUCCUCACCGUGACAUCCCCGGCUUCUAUGUCGUGAUUCCAGCUGGUGGCGCAGGUACCCGCCUCUGGCCUUUGUCGCGAGAAGACCACCCUAAGUUCCUUCUCGAUCUCACGCUGAAGGGAAGGUCUCUCAUCCAGGCCACUUGGGACCGUCUCCUUCCCCUCACUUCUCCCGCCAGAACAACGAUCGUAGCCGGCCCCAGCCAUAUUAAAGACAUCCGAGAACAGCUCCCCGACCUCCUCCCCCACAAUCUCAUGUGUGAACCUGGGCCGAAGGACUCCAUGGCCGCUAUAGGCCUUGCAGCGGCUGUUCUCGCCCGCCGUGACCCAGAUGCCGUUAUUGGAUCUUUCGCUGCUGACCAUAUGAUUUCUGGUGAUGAUGCCUUCCUGUCAGCGGUAGCUGAGGCCGUUGAAGUCGCGCGCAAGGAUUACCUUGUCACCAUUGGAAUUGCACCCUCACAUCCUUCGACUGGUUUCGGUUAUGUUCGUCUUGGCGACAAAGUCGAUAUUGCAGAAGCGCCCAAUGCUAGAUUGGUCUCGAGCUUUAAGGAGAAACCUGAUGCCCGGACUGCGGCCGCAUAUAUUGCGACUGGAAAAUACCGGUGGAACGCAGGAAUGUUCGUGACCAAGGCCAGCUUCUUGUUGCAACUCCUCAAAGAGUACAAGCCCGAGAUCCACCAAGGAUUGAUGAAGAUUGCGGACACCUGGGACGAUGAAGCGCGAAAGCAGAAAGUCCUAGAUGAAGUAUGGCCUACUCUUGAGAAGAUUCCCAUUGACAACGCUGUCGCCGAACCAGCUGCAGCUGAAGGUCGUGUUGCUGUAGUACCCGCUACGUUUGGUUGGGAUGAUGUUGGUGAUUUCUCCUCUUUGGCGGACUUAUUGCCCGCGGAAGCAAAUCAGCCACGUAUCCUUGGCGACAGCAACUUAGUUCUCACUGAGCAGAUGGCUGGAGGUAUCGUUGUACCAGGGUCCGGCCGGCUCAUCACUUGUCUUGGUGUCGAUGAUCUCGUUAUCGUGGACAUGCCAGACACUCUCCUCGUUACUACUCGAGCAAGAUCUCAAGAAGUCAAACGCCUUGUCAAGAAAUGUCGCGACGCAGGCUGGAGGAAUCUCCUCUAA